AUGGUCCAGCGUGUGGCCAUUAUUGGGGCUGGGGUUGGUGGGCUGGCCUCCAUCAAGUGCUGCCUGGACGAGGGGCUGGAGCCCACCUGCUUCGAGAGGAGUGAGGACAUCGGGGGGCUCUGGCGCUACACGGACUCCAUGGAUGGCGGGAGAGUCAGCGUGUACCGCUCGGUCAUCACCAACACCUCCAAGGAGAUGUCCUGCUUCAGCGACUUCCCCUGUCCAGAGGAUUUUCCCAGUUUCCUACCCCACGGUCUCCUCCUGGAGUACUUUCGAAUGUAUGCCCAGCACUUUGACCUCCUGCGGCACAUACGCUUCAAGACAACAGCUCUCAGCGUGAAAAAGCGCCCGGAUUUCACCACCUCGGGCCAGUGGGAUGUGGUCACCGAGACCGACGGUGUCCAGGAGUCACACAUCUUCGAUGCCGUCAUGGUUUGUACCGGCCAUUACCAGGAGCCCCACUUACCAUUGGCUUCUUUCCCAGGUAUUGACACUCGCUUCAAAGGCCAGUACCUUCACAGCCAGGAAUAUAAAGACGUGGAAGCUUUCCGGGGAAAGCGGGUCCUUGUGGUCGGCAUUGGCAACACAGGUGGUGACCUCUCCGUGGAGCUGAGCCGCGUGGCUGCAAAGGUGUUCCUCAGCGCCAGGAGAAACACGUGGGUGUUCAGCCGGGUCUCGGACCAAGGCUUCCCCUUCGACAUGGUCAACACCACCCGCUUCAACCACUUUCUGGACUGGCUUCUCCCAUCAGCCCUCACGAAGAGGAUCAGGUUUCGGAAGUUCAAUUCGUGGUUUAACCAUGCAAACUAUGGCUUGGCUUCCACCAAAAGCUCCAACUUUAAGAUAAUUAUCAACGAAGAGCUGCCGUUUUGCCUCCUCUCUGGGACCAUCGUGUUGAAGCCAAAUGUGAAGGAGUUCACCGAAAACUCUGCUGUUUUUGAAGAUGGGACAACCGAAGAAAACAUUGACGUGGUGCUCUUUGCCACGGGCUACAUCUUCCCAUUUCCCUUCCUCGAAGAGUCGGUUCGCAGCCUCUUCGGUGAUAAUCGCGACCUCUAUAAACGUAUCUUCCCUCCCCAGCUGGAAAAGCCGACGCUGGCCAUCAUCGGCUUAGUCCAGCUGACCGGCUCUGUGAUGGUGGGAACAGAAAUGCAGGCUCGCUGGGUGACAGGGAUCUUUGCAGGCUGGAACAAGCUCCCUCGUGCCAGCAGGAUGAUGGAUGAUGUUUUGAAGCAGAAGCCUCCGGUCAAAAGGAAUCCAUCUGAGAGGGAGAACUUGAAAAUAAGUUUUAUCAGCUACACCGAUGAAAUUGCUUCGUGUGCUGGCGUAAAGCCCAACGUGCUGAAGCUCCUGCUGACAGACCCGCGGCUGGCCCUGGCUAUCUUCUUCGGCCCCUGCAGCCCCUACCAGUACCGACUGGUGGGACGGGGGAAGUGGAGCGGGGCCAGAGACGCCAUCCUGACUCAGUGGCAGCGGACGCUGAAGCCCUUGAGAACUCGGGUGGUGGAUGACUCUUCUGACGGCUCUGACAGCUGGUGCUGGAUGUGCCUCCUGGCCCUGCCAGUCGCGGCUCUCACAGCAGGUUUCCUCCUUUCUAAAUACCCCUGGCCAGGCUGGAUCUCCUGGGCACAUCCCCAGCUGUAG